UUUCACACCUCGAUCGUCCCACCUCUCUCUCUCUCUCUCUCAUAUAUAAAGUGCUCAUCUUAACUGAUAACACUCACUUCAUUCACCUGAACUCUGCACUGGACGGAUAUACGGGCGGAAAGACAGAGAGACAGACAGACUGACGGGCAGAAAGACAGACAGAGAGACAAUAGAAAAGUAGACAGACAAGCAGAAGGACAGACAGAAAGGCUGUAUCGUCCUGCCGGGGAUUCGAACAGGCGACUUUCAGCGUGUGCAGCUGCAGGGAUGGCACUGGCGCUGGGGAGAUCUCUAUCGCUCUUCAUGUUGGUCUGCAUGUCAGUUUGUCUGUCAGUCUGUCUGCCAGUGGCUACCGUUCCGGGAAAGAUGUUGGAAACCAUCAAGACUCUUAGCCUACAACAUCCACAGAAAGGCCAGUCCAGCGGGUCCUUCUUCCCCAGAGAAACACUCAACAAGAUGGAUGAUGGAGAUAAGAGGGUUGUGCUUGGGAAGGUGUUGGAGGUUUACGACAAGCUGUUUGAUCAGAUGUUGAGUCAGCCGCCAACCGACAGCCAAUCAGAGGAGAAGAAAAAAGAGGAAGCUGGGAUCCGGUACCUCCAGGAGAGGGUUACACUGCUGAGGAGAACCCAGUACAAGAAACACCUGCUGCUCACCAGCACACUGGAGCAACUGGGCAACAUACAGAUCAAUAACUCUGUAGUGCAGAGCAAGGCAUUGUGGGAUCUGCCUUGGCUGUUCGACGAAGCAAGCUCAUUGGCCGAGAGGAAGAGGAGGAGCCUACGACGCCGACGGGCGCCCAGGAAGAGUGCGCUGCGUUCCCAUGUGCUAGCUAAACUUAGGAGGGCUGUGUGAUUAUUUUAUACUUUUGUAAACGUUUUUAUCUGGCUCGGGUGGUUCAAUAUUUAAAGUAUUUGAAUAUUUAUUUAUAAUUUUAUUGCUCUUUUCAACGUAUUUAAAUAUUUAUAUAAAAUGGGAUUAUCCUUAUUAUUUAUACACAAUGUGUUUAUUUUAUUUACAGAAUUUAAAUAUUUAUAUAAACUCUGAUUAAAGUGCGUAUUUAAAUUAUUUGAAUGACAUUAUUUAAAUGGUAUAUAAGUUUGAGUACAUAUCUGUCAGCAGUUGUGUUAAUUUAUUUUAUAUUUAUUGGCCUGAAAACACAUAAUAAAGUCAUUGUUGGGAA